AUUCACCUGGCUGUCAUAAAUUCAUCGCUGCUGAUUGGAGCCAGACCUUGUGUCUAGUCAUUUGACCUGGGAGUGACUGCUGAUGGAGCAGACAGUCAGUGGAGCAUUGGCACAGCAACAGAGGACAGAGGAGGACAGUGCACGUCGCUGACAGCAACACUACAUUAAGAACAUUUGCAGCAGCAGCAGCAGCAUUAUUAGAGCAUCGUCUGUGAUGCUGUUCAAAGCGAAGCAGAAGCAACAGAUUGCUCUCGUUUGCAGUUGUUGCUGCAACUGAUUCUCUCCUGGCUGAUCUGGGCUUGGGAACGAAGCAGAUUUGCAACAGCUCCUGCAGCCACAGUCUCCUGUGGUUUGAAAGUCAGGUUCUCUUCUUAUGCUGUGUCAGUGCAAGGAUAUGACUGUGCCACGCAACAGAAACAAAAAGCUUUGAUUCAGGUGGAAAAAAAGCAACACGUCUCGCACAGGGCAUCGGCAUCACCUCCGCCACUAUUGUCUCCUCCCAUUUUCCCUCCUUCACCAGGAUCUGAAGAAGACCAGACAUUCGAGGUAUGAAUGCACAAUAAGGCGGAGGAUGUUGGAUUGACGUGCAGAGUUUGGGGAGUUUUGGUGUCAAAGGUUUUUAUCAGCGUGAGGUAAGAUUCCCUGCCAGACAUUGUCGAGUCCAUCAGACCGUCAGCUGGACUUCUGAAGACAAGAGAGGGAUGAACAGGAGGAUGUCCAUGGGCGUCUGCCUGGGAAUGGAAGCAAAACAAGAAUCUGGAAGCUGGAGGAGGGAUGACAGGAAGAGAGAGGUACAACUCUGCUACACAAAGUCCUAGAUCGGUUUUCACAGAAAACAGUGAGAACAAUAUACUUGGUUAGCCGAUAAAAAGUGUGCAACCAACAGAAACAUACCUUGCUUCGUAAUUUCACCUCAAAGAUGAUCUUGCUUUAUUGGGGCAUGCAUCUUAUCUGACGGACACUGAGACCGACAUCUUUCUUUGACGUCAACUUUUGCUGCAACUAAGUUUUCGGCACUGAUUUCUGUCGGCGCAAGAAUCUCUGGGUUCUUGCUUGACUCUUCUUUCCGGGGUGAGGUGGAUCUGCCGUGGGGGGCAGCUGACAGCCAUCCAAGACGCCGCGAGCCGUACUCCGCGUGAAGAAUGCCCAGCCGCGCUUGGCCAAGCCGGCCGACCCGGGGCCGACGGCGGGCCUCUACAUGGAACGAUCGCAGAGUCGCAUCAGCCUGUCAGCGUCGUUCGAGGCCCUCGCCAUCUACUUCCCCUGCAUGAAUUCCUUCGAUGAGGAUGAUGGUGUGGAUACAGAGGGCAGGAAGCUUAAAGGAGCCAUCCAGAGGAGCACAGAGACAGGUCUGGCGGUCGAGAUGCCCAGUCGGACUGUCCGUCAGGCGAGCCAUGAGUCCAUAGAGGACAGCAUGAACAGCUAUGGCUCAGAGGGCAAUUUGAACUACAGUGGCAUGUGUCUGGCAUCUGACGCCCAGUUCAGCGACUUCCUGGACGGGAUGGGACCAGCCCAGUUUGUUGGACGCCAGACACUGGCGACGACCUCCAUGGGUGAUGUAGAGAUUGGUCUGAUGGAGAGAAAUGGAGGCCUGGAGGUGGAGGUUGUCCAGGCCAGAGGACUCACAAUGAAACCAGGGUCAAAGGGACCUCCAGCACCCUACAUCAAAGUUUACCUCCUGGAGAACGGCAUCUGUGUGGCCAAGAAGAAGACCAAGUCAGUGAGGAAGAGCCUGGAUCCCCUCUACAACCAGGUCCUGGUCUUCUCUGAGAGCCCACAGGGGAAGGUGGUGCAGGUGAUUGUUUGGGGUAACUAUGGACGAAUGGACCGCAAAUGCUUCAUGGGUGUAGCCCGUAUCUUAUUGGAAGAGCUGGACCUUAGCACGAUGGUGAUUGGCUGGUACAAGCUCUUCCCUACCUCGUCCAUGGUGGACCCAACCAUGGCACCACUCAUACGCCAUUCCUCCCAGAUGUCCCUGGAGAGCACCAUUGGGCCCUGUUGUGAGCGAUCUUAAGACUCGCACAAAGAUAGGAGUUUUUGUUGUUGCACCUACGAUUCUGUUCCUGUCUCAACUUUAUAUAUACAGAAUAUAUACAUAUAGAAAACUUGUUGACCUGUGCUUAGGUCAAGGGACUACCUGCUUGGAGCAAGUAGUUGUUUUGUAUACACGGGGCGCUUCAUCAAGUUGUUCCACACCAGGAAAUGAAUCACUCUCCAAAUUGGGAAAUGAUUUUACAGAUCAAUAGGAAAUUCUGGCACUCACUGGAAAUCUUCUGUAACUCUUUUGAUAUUGUGUCAGGCUGUUUCCUGAGACUCGUGGGAAGCACUUUUCUUUUGUUGUUGCAAACAGACCGGCCCUCAGACUCACAAGAACAUUUAGCGCUCCUCAGAUCUCUUUCACGAAAAACAAAAAAAUGUACUUAAUGAGAAUACUUCAAAGGAGGGCUCCGUUGCCGACAUUGAUCACGUCCUUCUGGGACCACCCCACGCACAGCGAGCUCAGCUUUGCUUCAGCUACGCACCUUCUUCUCAGCCUGCCUUUUGAUUCUUAUUCCCAGGACUGCUCGUUGUCUUUCCAUGUCUUCAUAAUGGGGCUGGACGCCCCCUGAGUGUUUUCUGUCUGUCCACAAGUCCAAAGGGAAACUGAGAAUGUCGACACCAGCCUCCCAGUUUGCUGGAGCAUCGGGGACAGUAGGUUGCACGUGGAUGGAUCGGGACUGAAGAGGAUUUUCAGAAAGUACAAUUAAGCUUAUUUGUUGAAACCUAUCAAGACAUUUUGAACAGACUGACUUGAGUCAUCUGUUUUUUUCCUGUUACACAUUUAGCGUUUUGCUGGCUUUCUAUCCUCACAGUUAGCACUGUGCUGGAUGUUUAUGGCUUAUAAGCACGUUCUGAGUUCCCAAAGACCAUGUGUCAUAACAUUUUAAGGGCCUGUACAUUUUCAUUGCAAUCAGAAAAAAACUGGCUGAUUUGACUGAUUAUUUUGACUUUUUUUUGGAAGGCAGAUUGUGUAUUAGUUAAAUCAGCUCUUGUGUUUGGUAGAAAUGAAAAUGAACAGUUAGAAAAGUGUGAUCCUAGUCCCCACUUCAUUUGGCUGUCUCUUGAAUCCGUAGGAAAUGUGAAAUGUAAUCACCCAAUCCUCUUCACAAGGUAGUUCAGUUGAAUCCGAAUGGGAUAUAUAUCAUAGCUGUGAGCACACUGUUGCCAGGCAACAUCAACGCCAGCUAGCCCGUUGGUAACAUUAGUGUAAUGCAAAAAGGGAAAAUAGUUGGCACUCAAUAAAUAUUGAAUUCUGAACUCUACGAUUAAAUCUACAAUAUAUUAAUUCACUAUCCAGACAAACUGUAAUGGGCUGUGCCAAAACUUUAGCACAAAUGUUACAAUUCACAAAUCAGACCUUUCAGAAACUUCAAAUGGACUCAUCUCAUAGACACUGUAACAAACAAAUGUGAAAGCAAUAAUUAUUCUGCUGAUAGCAGCAGAUAGCGUGAUGUCAAAGAAAAACAGCAGCCAUGUACAAACUUUACGGUGUAUUCUGUGUCAUUCUACUUUCAAACCUGGAACCUACAAGUGCAGAGAGAGUGUUGUCCCUGCACUAUAGUGCUGACUGAGACAUGAAGUGUUGAGGAUCAUGCCUGUGGCAGACAGUAUGGGACUGAAAAGUUGCUGUAUAUCCCAGUUUAAGUGUAGAUCGUAGAUCUAAGUAGAUUUUUCAGAUUCCUCUUCUCUCUCUCUCUCU